AUGCUUUUAAAAUUUAAUGUAAUCCUAGCAUUUGUGGCCAUAGCCUCGGCCGAAAUUUUGUUGGGCGAGAAUGUUGCCCAUCCAAGAUAUGAUUUUUCAUAUCACGUCAAUGAUGCCCUCACAGGCGAUGUCAAAUCUCAUCAAGAAAGUCGUGAUGGCCAUAAUGUCCAGGGUCAAUAUUCGCUAAAUGAUGCCGAUGGUUACAAACGCAUUGUGGAUUAUUCGGUGAAUGGUCAAAGUGGUUUUCGUGCUGUGGUCAGACGUGAGCCGUUAGUAGGAAAUGGAUAUGGUGUCAAGGAAUCUAUAGCAAUUGCUGCCUCUCCCCAGCCAUUAGAGCAGACGCCUUCUACAGCUUAUUUGAGAGCACCGGUUGUCCAACACCAACAACAUGCAUCAGCACCUUUUAUUCAUUUGCAUCAUACGGGAGCACAACAAAAUGUAUUACACUCAGCUCCAGCGACAACAGUGUUAAAAUCCUCACCAGCCAUUAUUAGCACCACCUAUCAUCAUCAAGCUCCACAUUUUAUACACCAUGCUCCCUCCUCCACGGUGGUUCAUCAGGCCCCACAAACUACAGCUGCUGUGCUACACCAUCACCAAUCUCCCUCAUUUGCGGCGGCGCCUCCAGUUUCAUAUGUUCAUUAUCUCUAG